CAAAACAAGACGGUUCUUUAUUUUCCUCUUGGCAUCUCCCAGCUCCAUCGAUGAUGUCGUCGUGUCUCUCACCACCGGCUUCUUGACUCCACCAUCAGCACCCAAACCCACCCUCUCUGGGCCUUGUUCAGUGGCUAGAGCAAUUGCUGUGAUUGAUGUACAUGGUUCUUCUUACUCUUCACCUUAUCCUCGCAACAACUCCAUGAAGUAGAUGGUGAAAAAGAAAGAGCUCGAUACAACAUCAGCAAGCGGCUGAGGAGAGCCCUGACGUCAUCCCGCCUCGCGCCCGGCCUUCCUGAGGAGGAGGAGGAGGAGGCGGCGGCGACGGGAUUCGGUUGCCGGGGCAACGGGAGGAGAGGCUCUCCCCUCAGCCCGGAGACCGAGGCCUUCCCCCCCUCGUCGCGCCGCCAGGAUGAGGCCCGCCUCGCCCCUUCCCGGCCGGCUGGUGGUGGUGCUGGAGGCGGCGGCGGCGGCGGCGGCGUGGAGGGGAGAGGCCUAGCCCCGAGGGGAGGCGUGCCUGGGGACCAGCGGCGCAAAUGGACAUCAAAGGCCAGUACUGGACCGAUGAUGAUUCCGAUGGAGAAAAUGAGUCGGAGGAGUUUUUAUACGGAGUACAGGGGACCUGUGCGGCAGACCUGUACCGUCACCCGCAGUUGGAUGCGGACAUUGAGGCUGUGAAGGAGCUCUACAGCGAGAAUUCUGUGUUCGUCCGAGAAUAUGGGACCAUUGAUGAUGUGGAUAUCGAUCUGCAUAUCAACAUCGGCUUUCUAGAUGAGGAAGUGGCAACAGCGUGGAAGGUCUUACGGGCCGAGCCCAUUGUCCUCCGGCUGCGGUUCUCCCUUUCGCAGUACCUGGAUGGCCCCGAACCAUCGAUUGAGGUUUUCCAGCCAUCCAAUAAGGAAGGGUUUGGACUGGGCCUACAGCUGAAGAAGAUCCUGGGAAUGUUCACAUGCCAGCAAUGGAAGCACCUCAGCAACGACUUCCUGAAAACCCAGCAAGAAAAGCGACACAGCUGGUUCAAGGCCAGUGGCACCAUCAAGAAAUUCCGGGCAGGUCUCAGCAUCUUUUCACCCAUUCCCAAGUCUCCCAGCUUUCCCGUGAUCCAGGACUCCAUGCUGAAGGGCAAACUCGGAGUGCCGGAGUUGCGGGUCAAUCGCCUCAUGAACCGCUCCAUCUCCUGCACGAUGAAGAACCCAAAGGUGGAAGUGUUUGGCUACCCUCCUAGCACCCAGGCAGGUGUCGCGCCAUUCAACAUCCUGGUUGGCAGUCACUGCAAAAACAUUCCCACCUUGGAGUAUGGAUUCCUUGUCCAGAUUAUGAAGUAUGCUGAGCAAAGGAUUCCGACGCUGAAUGAAUACUGUGUGGUAUGCGAUGAACAGCACGUCUUCCAGAAUGGAUCCAUGCUGAAGCCAGCUGUGUGCACGCGGGAACUGUGCGUCUUCUCUUUCUACACUCUGGGUGUGAUGUCCGGUGCUGCAGAAGAAGUGGCCACAGGGGCAGAGGUGGUGGAUCUGCUCGUGGCCAUGUGCCGAGCAGCGUUGGAAUCCCCCCGCAAGAGCAUCAUCUUUGAGCCUUACCCCUCCGUCGUGGACCCCAGUGACCCAAAAACCCUUGCCUUCAAUCCCAAGAAGAAGAAUUAUGAGAGGCUGCAAAAGGCUCUGGACAGCGUCAUGUCAAUCCGUGAAAUGACUCAAGGUUCCUACCUGGAGAUCAAGAAGCAAAUGGACAAGCUGGACCCUCUGGCUCAUCCUCUCCUUCAGUGGAUCAUCUCCAGCAACAGGUCUCACAUUGUUAAGCUACCUCUCAGCAGGCAGCUGAAAUUUAUGCACACCUCACACCAGUUCCUCCUGCUGAGCAGCCCUCCUGCGAAGGAGGCCCGCUUCCGAACGGCCAAGAAGCUCUAUGGUAGCACUUUCGCCUUCCAUGGCUCUCAUAUUGAGAAUUGGCAUUCUAUUCUGCGCAAUGGACUGGUCAAUGCCUCUUACACCAAACUGCAGCUGCAUGGAGCAGCCUAUGGCAAAGGCAUCUAUUUGAGCCCCAUCUCCAGUAUUUCCUUUGGAUAUUCAGGGAUGGGCAAAGGGCAGCACAGGAUGCCUUCAAAGGAUGAACUGGUGCAGAGAUAUAACCGAAUGAACACCAUCCCUCAGACCAGAUCCAUCCAGUCCAGGUUCUUACAGAGUCGUAAUCUGAAUUGCAUUGCACUUUGUGAAGUGAUUACAUCGAAGGAUCUCCAGAAGCAUGGCAACAUCUGGGUCUGCCCUGUGUCGGAUCACGUCUGCACCCGCUUUUUCUUUGUGUAUGAAGAUGGCCAAGUAGGAGACGCCAACAUCAAUACUCAGGACCCCAAAAUCCAAAAGGAAAUCAUGCGCGUGAUUGGCACUCAGGUGUAUACAAACUGAGUAAGGUGGAGGAUCUCUUUCCCUUCUGCACAUGACCAGCGCUGCUCCUGCCCCCUCUGACCUGGGCAGAAGGGAGCCAGGUGUUGGAGGCUACAGAGGAAGCAAUGAUCACCCUGGCUGGAUAAGGGCCCAGACCCAUGGAGAGUUUGGGGUGGGUGGGAGAAGGGGGCAACCUGCAUCACCUCUGAGCUGCAGAGGCCCAUGGGAAUGCCUCUGGAGGACUGGCAGUUGCUCUUGCCACCCUAGAUGUAGAAUAUCCAAGAGACACUCGGAGGGGGUGGAGUGACUUGAACUCAUCUCCCAUGAACAGUUGGGGCUGUGGGCCCUGUACUCCCACCUUUGUGGCGAUGACAUUUUUAACAAUGAAAAAAGGAAGAAGAAGAAAAGAAAAGAAUCAAAAAAACAAGUGAGCGAGAGGGUGUGUGAGCAAAUGGUUUUAGCUUAUUAAAAUUCUCUUUAAAAUAGAAAUAAGCUGUUGCAUGCCAGUGUAAACUUUGAGCAUGAUGGUGGCCAGCAGAUUUCCGGCUCGCUGUGCCAUGGGGAACACACUGAUCUUGUUUGAGUUCGGAAACUAGAGGAGGGUUGGUCGUUAGAAAUUAGGGACUGCCGUAAAAUGCAAGGGCUUCCCAGGUAGGGUGGGGGGAAAGUCUGGCCUGAGAAAUUGCAGUGAUGAAGAGUUGACCCAGCUUGGGAAUAUGGACUGGUGGUCCCUAUAAGGCAGCUUCUUACAUGUCCCCUUCCACUCUUUCUUCCUCUCUCUUCCCCAGGGAGACAAGAUAGCUCUUUGAGCUGCCCUAUUCCCCCCUUCUGGAAUGGGUGCAUUUAUGAAUGUGUCACAGUCACCAACUGGACAACAAUUUGUGUGAAAGGGCAAACAGCAUUAAGUACA